UUAUUACUUGCAUCUGCUUCUGCACCUCCGCAUGCUCUUAGAAUUCUAUAAGAAAGCCAAUUUCUGCUACUCUUUGUUUUGUCCAGAUUCCCUUCCCUCUUGUUACGCCUUGUAAAAUGCAUGCUACUUGAGUCUCUGAUCAGGGAUCAAAAUUCAAACUUUUUUUGUAAAGCUCGUUGGGUUGUGUAAACAUAGUUCAGGGGUUGGUUCUUUGUUUUGGAGGUUGGAUCAUCGACAAGCUUUAGGUAUGGAUUUUCAGAGCAAAACGCAAGGGAACGGUGCGAGUGCUCUACUUAAAAUACUAUCACAGUUCUGCAAAGACCAUAAGGAGCAAUUGUACAAAAUCUUUCUUGUAUCAUCGCGCGCGAUCGCACUUUCACUGGAUCCCUUGUUCUUUUUUGUUCCUGUGAUCCAUGAAGACAAGAAGUGCAUUAGUGAAGACAAAAAAAUGUGGAUCAAUGCUAUUUUUUGGCGAUCGGUCCUAGAUUUCAUUUACCUGGUGCAUUUUGUUGUGUACUUUUAUAAGGAGAAGAAAGAAAAAGAAAAAAGUCAAUGGUACUUGUGGAUGCGGUUCAUGUUCGACAUUCUAGUUAUUCUUCCCAUUCCACAGGUGUUAAUGUCAAACGUACUUUCAGAAAUGAGGCGCGCGAAAAAUACAAUUUCUAUAAAAAUCUUGAACGCUGUUAUUCUUAUCCAAUAUGGGCCAAGAAUUCUUCAAAUCUACCUAUCCUUGAAGGAACUGGAAGGAUUGGAUAAAAUUCCAAUAGAAAUCAGAGCUUCAUUCAAUUUCUUUCUAUACCUCCUGGCUGGUCAUGUAUUUGGAGCCUUUUGGUAUUUUUUCUCAACUCAACGAGUGACAUUUUGUUGGCGUAAAGCGUGUUUACAUCAAGGUGGAUGCAUCCAAGGUUCCUUUAACUGUGACCACCGUUUUGGAAAUCUCUCUGCUUUACAUGAUUUCUGCUCUAUUGAUUCAACCAAUACAAGUACCUUUGAUUUUGGAAUAUUUCUCGAAGCCCGUCAGUCCCGGAUCUUAGAGUCCAUGGAUUUUCCAAAAAAAUUAAUUUACUCUGCCUGGUGGGGCUUGCGAAAUUUAAGUUCUUUUGGUUCAAACCUCCAAACAAGUACAUACAUAUGGGAAAACGCCUUUGCACUUGGAAUUUCUAUAUUUGGCCUGUUAUUAUUUCUUUAUUUCUUGGGAAACUUGCAGGUUUACAUGCAGGGUGGUGCUGAAAAAUCAAUGCAGCGUCGUGCUUCAGAAUCAAUUCGUGCUUUAGAAUCAAUUGAAAACUCACCAACAGAAUUGGUACCGCUUUACAAGCAGCGUAGUGCUUCAAAAUCAAUUGAAAUAUCUGAAAAUGAAAGGGAACUGGAAUUGGAUGAUGCUGUUGUUGAAAAAUUACUAAAAGAAUUGGGACAGCUUUACAAGCAGCGCAGUGCUUCAAAAUCAAUUAAGAAAUCUGAAAAAUGGUAAGAAGAUGGUGCUGUUUUUGAACCCAAGACAGCAUCUAUUUUACAACGAGCCUGGUGCUGCAAUCACCCAAAGUGUGUUGGUGCGUAGUGUUGAUGUCUUUGCUGUUUUGGGAUUUGUUUUUCCAGUGAUGGAGUUUCUACUUGUUUGGAUUCUGAAUAAUAAUAGUAUAAUUAGGAAAAGGACAUCGUGUGAAAUAAUAAUCUGUUUGAUGCACCGUAUUAAAUUCAAUAAGGGUUAAUGUGUGUAGAACCUUAUGUUUACACCUUUUGUAAUCCGUGUGAUGUGGUAUAGGAUUUGGUUAUCUAAUCUUUUUUCAUAUGACGGGAUCCAA